AUGCUGGAACAAUGUUCCUUCUGUAAAAAAGGGGAAUGUCUCAAACCUGUAAAAGUGGAAAAAAAGCCUGGAAAAGCAGCAGCUAAGAUCAGAAUUGAAGCAGAUGGAACCUAUUUCCAGAUCAAUCAGGAUGGAGGAGCACAAAAGCUGGAGAAGGCAAAAAUUACCCUGAACGACUGUUUAGCCUGCAGUGGCUGCAUCACAUCAGCUGAGAGUGUUUUGAUCACUCAGCAGAGCCACGAAGAGCUCAGCAAAGUGCUGGCUUUGAACAAGGCUGCCUCUCCCAGUGAACAGAAAUUGGUGGUGGUUUCUGUUUCACCACAAUCCAGAGCUUCACUGGCUGCAAGAUAUAAAAUGGGUGUCCUGGAAACAGCAAAGAAGUUGACCAUGUUCUUCAAGAGCUUAGGUGUGCACUACGUUUUGGACACAACUUUCUCAAGGAACUUCAGCCUGUUGGAGAGUCAGCGGGAGUUCGUAAAGCGCUUUCGAAUGCAAGCUGAGGACAAGAAGGCUUUGCCAAUGCUGGCUUCUGCCUGCCCAGGCUGGAUCUGCUACGCAGAGAAGACCCACGGCAGUUUCAUCAUCCCGUACAUCAGCACCACCAAGUCUCCCCAGCAGGUCAUGGGCUCCUUGGUCAAGGGCUAUUUUGCAGAGCAGCAGCACUUCUCACCUGACCAGAUUUACCAUGUCACAGUCAUGCCCUGUUAUGACAAGAAGCUGGAGGCUUCAAGGCCAGACUUUUUCAACCAGGAGUACCAGACCAGGGAGGUGGACUGUGUGAUCACCACAGGAGAAGUGCUAAAGCUGUUGGAACAAGAAGGAGUAUCCCUGUCAGAUGUAGAUCCUGCUCCUUUGGAUUCCAUGUUUAGCAGUGCUGCAGGAGAGCAGCUCACCAGCCACUCAGGAGGUGGGUCUGGGGGCUAUCUGGAACACAUCUACAAGCAUGCAGCCAAGGAGCUCUUUGGAAUUCAUGUGGAUACAAUUCAGUACAAACCUUUAAAAAACAAGGACUUCCAGGAGGUGACACUGGAGAGGGAUGGAGUGGUCCUGCUCCAGUUUGCUUUGGCUUACGGGUUCCGGAACAUCCAGAACCUGGUGCAGAAGCUGAAGCGAGGGAAGUGCCCCUAUCACUACGUGGAGGUCAUGGCCUGCCCCUCAGGCUGCCUAAAUGGAGGAGGGCAGAUCAAAGCAGAGGGUGAAGCCAGCAAGGACCAGCUGCAACAGGUGGAGAGGCUGUAUGAGUCUGUGCAGCCUGCAGCUCCAGAGGACAGCCAGGCUGUCAGGGAGCUGUACCAGCAGUGGCUGGGGGGCCCAGAGGGGGCUGCAGGGGCUCUGCACACCCAGUACCACGCUGUGGAGAAGACAAGCACUGGGUUUAACAUCAAGUGGUGA